AUGGGAUUGUGCGGAGAGGGACAUGUUGUAGAGAGAGAUUCACGUUUUAAAGUGUUUGCUCUGAAGAACAGACAACCAGGGAGAAUCAGAAGCAGAUUCCGAACGCUUCAAUGUAUAGUAUCGGCAGAUGUUUUAAUUAUAGAUGAAAUUUCGAUGCUUAGUGCAAAGCUGUUUGAGCAGUUAGGUGCGAUAUGUUCGAUCAAAGAUCCGUCCAGACUUUUUGGUGGCAUUCAGAUUAUUGUUUCAGGAGAUUUCUUCCAGUUGGCACCAGUGCCAAAUAAGGAGUACAAAGAUGAGGGCGCCAUGUGCUUUACAAGCCCUCUGUUUGAAAAGGUGCUGCCACACAAAGUGGUUUUGACAGAAGUAGUAAGACAAGACAAUGAAUGUUUUAUCAAAGCAAUUCAUGAAGUGUCCAAGGGCACUGUUUCCCCUGAAACAAUUUCAUUUAUUAAGAAAUUAGAAAGACCUUUUCCUGUUGGCCCAGACAGUAGUGUAGUGUUAUUUGCAAAUAAUGAUUUAGUCAACAUAUAUAAUAGACGUGAAAUUCUUAAAUGUCCUGGACAAAUUCGAGAAUUUGUUUCAGAGGAUUCUGGUGACAUACGCGUCCUCAUUAAAAGUAAUGCGCCACCACGUUUAUGGUUGAAAGAAGGAUGCCCUGUAAUUUUAAUCAGGAAUCUCAGCAAAACACUUGUGAACGGACUCCAAGGCAAAGUUGUGGAUUUUGAAGAAGGUUGUCCCGUAGUCCACUUCCCUUCCAUCAGCUGUACAACAAAACUUGAGAAAGUAUCUUUCACAGUAUUUAAUCCUGAUAAGAACAUGACAAUAGCUACUAGAGUGCAAGUACCACUGAAGCUGGCGUAUGCAAUAACGAUUCAUAAGGCGCAAGGAAUGACGCUAGACAGGUAA